UAUACAGUUCAGUCUUGUACGAACCCGGAAUCGCAUAUGUAUUCGUUUUCUCAAAACGAAUAUUUUACUUGUGGCAUAAUUUAAAAUUGACAACAAGGUGACUUGUAAGCGUGUUUUACUAGCAUAAGUAAAAGAACUUAUAUAUCCAUAAAUAACAAAUUGAAUAGCUUAAGGCCAAAUAUGUCUGUGCAACUGUAUUAUUUACCUCCGAGUCCACCAUGCCGAGCCGUAUUGCUCACGGCAGAAGCGAUUGGGCUCGAGAUGGAACUGAUAAUGCUGAACCCGCAUGCUGGGGAUCCGGAAUAUGAGCAGUUAAAUCCACAAAGGACAAUUCCUUUUUUAGUCGAUGACGAUCUCAAGAUAUCAGAGAGUCGAGCUAUCAUGACUUAUUUGGUUGAGCAGUACGGCGAGAAUGAUACAUUAUAUCCGCAAAAUCCAGAGGCACGUGCUCUAAUAGAUCAACGAUUAUACUUUGAUCUUGGCACGCUUUACGCAAGCGUGUUCAAUUAUUAUAUGCCCGUGUUAAAAAAGCAGAUCGAGACGCACGAUCCGAUGGAAUAUGAGAAUAUGACACAGGCUUUCCAUAUUCUAGAUAAAUUUCUCGAAGGACACGAUUACGUAGCUGGAGAUAACUUGACCAUUGCUGAUCUUUCUUUGGUCUCAUCUGUUACCACAGCAGAGGCUUUCGGAUUUCACUUGGAAGAUUAUGAAAAUGUUACUAAUUGGUUGGAAAAAGUACAAACAUUUGCACCUGGAUACGAAAAGGCUAACGGCGAACCAUGUGAAAUGUUCAAGAAAUUUGUAGAAGACUUACGAGGUGAAGAAAAAGGAGAAGAAGAAGAAGAAAAAGACGAAGAAAAAGGAGAAGAAGAAGAAGAAAAAGACGAAGAAAAAGGAGAAGAAGAAGAAGAAAAAGAU